UACAUGUUUGUAUUAUUUACAUUUUGUUUUAUUAUUGUUAGCACCAGUGGUGGUGAUGGUGGUGGUGGUGGUGGUGGUCAUCAUAAGUACCCGGCGGCUAUGAAUUUUACAAAAAUACUUGUUAAUGUUGGUCUAUCUGACCAUUGUAUCAGUGGACUGGCCAACAGUACCGACUAUAAUGAUAUUUACACAAGUCUAUCACUGGACUGGACUACUCAGGAAGUAUUGGCCCAAAAUAAAUACCAGUGCUGUUACUAUUGGGAAGUACUGGACGUACAGCACAAGUUUGUCAACGAAUUAUGUGAUCAAAAUUCUACUGAAAAAUUUAGCAUGCUGAAAACCGAUUUGAUUGGCAAAAUUCAACAAGGUCGAUGCAAUAAAUUUCCAUACAAUAAUGUUUUAUGUAGAAAACCUGCCUGGUUUACUUUUCUAUUUGUUUUAUGUACUAUUAUCUUAAUAAUUGUUGUCGCAAUAUUUGCCUACAAACGUGUAUAUAAAGGCAAUUAA